AAAAUAUGCUGGUAAAAUCUCAAACAGCACUAUGCAAGUCAAAGUCCGUAAGAAUCAGGAGCAAGACAAUGCCAAAGCUUCGACUGGAAAAAUCUGUAAAACUAAUGGCUCAACGUAGCGUUACCAAGAGACGCAGAGGAAUGGUAGCCAUCACAACAGAUGACAAGAAGCUUCAGAAGGAAAUUACUAAAUACAGAAGUGAAAAAUAGACUCGGAAGAAAGACUAAUGCUCCUAUCAGAGUCACAUCUCUUGGCGGAUUCGAGAAGUAUGGUGCCAAUAAGUUCAAGAAAAGAGGCUUGGUAAUGGCUUCUAAUGAAUUCUUAGCUAAAUUUCUGAAACAUAAGCUACAGAAGGAAAAGUUUUCUACCAAAAUGUGCACAACAGACAGGAAGAUACCAGUUCUUCAUAUUGACUUUUGUAAAUCACUUAAAAAUACAAUGAAACAUGUGGUAAUGAAGAAGCCGGAGAAGAGAGCAGAUUACCAGACUAUUGCUUCUCCUCCAAUAUUCAGAUGCCGUAACGUCAAGGAUAUCUCCAAUCUAGUUGAAAAUGUAUCUUAUCAAGAAGUUGAUACAAAGUCUGUGCAAGGCAGAGAUCGUUCACAAAAUAAAGGGAAUCUAAAGUAUCGGACCCUUAAAAUUCUCAAAACUGAUGAAAACAAAAUUUUAUCAAGUAAAAGAGUAAAAUUCAAGAAGAGGCAAAAAUCAAAAAAGCCUAGCAAGGCCAAGCCUAGCCGGCCUAGCUGGCCAAAGUUUCAGACAGAAUCUCAAGCAAAGCUGUUCCGAACACUUCAGGAUGAGGAUAUCCUAGAGGAAAAGAGGAAACUGCUUUGGAGCAAAAUAAGAGCUAAGACUUCUUACAAGUUUAGUAGAAGAAGCCUUUCUGUUAUUGACAGUUCAAAAAUAGAGCACACAUCGAAGGUUGAUGACUCUGCACAACAAUUCUCUACAUACCGCUGAAAAGUCCUGGCUCCUACAGAUCAGCCUAGUAUACACCAAAAGAAUAAUUCAAGAGGAGAGGACGGCUUUCUGAUGAAGCAAGAUUCGCAUCUAAAUGCAAAUUUGGCUCAGAAUAAAGACACUUUCAACAAGUUACCAGCCAGAAUCAUCAAAUCUCGUUCAUCUACUAAAUUAGUUCAGUCUUUUAAAGAAAUUCCAGCAAGAAAUAUGACAAAAAGGAUGAAGAAAAGUACCAAACAAAGGAGCCUGAUGGAUCCAUGACUAGAGCUGGAUAGUGUCAUCAGCAACUGUGAGAAUUUCCUAAACUUCUACUAAACUAUCAAUAGCCUCAGAAGAGCUGAAAAUUAUCGCUCCUGUGUAAAU